CCGGGUGUAGAUGUGAAGUUUACAGACUUCGUCUCGCUCCUGCAACAGGUCAAGGGACUCAAUUUGACAGCACGUGGUAAGACCUUACCUGUGGGUGUCUACCUGGGAUAUCUGGUUGAGUCCGGCAGCACUGGUGCGUUGCAGAAGGCAGAAACCUUAGCGCGGAUAGCGGAUCGCAUUUACCUUCAUUGUUACGUCCAACAGGGUCAUCAGACCUAUGGUGCGUGUCAAGAGCGAUUGCGCGUGUUUGCAGACACGGGAGUGUCUGUGCAGGUGACGCCGAUGUUUAGUGCCGAGGGCCAGGAGUUUCAUGCCGGCUAUACAUUCGAGGGGGACUAUUUCUGGACCAAUGGAAUCGCAGAGGGCCAGGAACUAUUCCAGGCGGCUUUUGCGGCCGACACACAAAUGGUGAAUUCGAAUGUGCAUCUAGCAGGGUUUCAGUACUACGAGUACAGAUACUUGGGACGUUAUGUGCGCACGGCUUAAGUUCAGCAUAUGUAGGGAAAAGUCAAAUAGGACCGUUUUAUAUGCAGAUACAAGUAUAUACCGGUGAAUGUGCUCCUAUACACAGAAUAUAGUAUUUAUUCUCAAAAAAAUUG